UUGCUGCUUUUCCAAAGUGCUAGAAGUCCUGAUAUACGAGAGAAUCUACUCAGCAGCCUCACCAAUACUCACCGAUGUCCAGCACGGGUUCAUCAAGAAACGAUCAACCUUGACAAACCUAAUGAUUUAUGCCAGCGAUUUGCAUUCUGCAACAGGUAAAAAACUGCAAGUGGAUUCGAUAUACGUAGAUUUUGCUAAGGCUUUCGACAAAGUACCUCACAGAAUCGUAAGAGAAAAACUUGAUCGAUAUGGAUUUCCCGAGUGGGCAACUAAAUGGCUGUAUUCGUAUUUGCUGAAUCGUCAAGGCUUUAUAAACAUUCGUGGGACUCACUCCUCCGUAUUCGACAUGCCGUCUGGUGUUCCGCAGGUCGCCGAAACUGCUGUUUGCAGAUGAUCUUAAAAUCUACCGGACCAUUGAUUCGAUAUUGGAUUGUGUUGCGCUUCAGGAGGACGUCGAUCGAUUUAUUAGUAUGGUGCGGAUUACACGGUAUGGAGGUUAACGCCGAAAAAUGUAAGUGUAUAAGCUUUUUUAGAACUAGAGCCUCUGUUGUUUACGACUACGGUCUAAGGGACACCUCUCUCGAAAGAGUAACUUUUAUUAAAGACCUCGGAAUAACGUUUGACCAAAAGCUCUCGUUUGUCCAACACACCGCGACCACUGCAGCCAAAGCCUUUGCUUUGCUCGGCUUCCUGCGUCGGAAUACACUAAGCUUUGAGGACCCGUAUGCUUUGAAAACAGUUUUCUGCUCAUUGGUACGCAGUGUUCUGGAAUAUGCGGUUCCGGUCUGGGCACCCUACCACUCUGUUCACAGUGAAAGACUCGAAAGGAUUCAGAAAAAAUUCCUCCGCUACGCCCUGCGACGAUUGCCAUGGCAAGAUCCCGUACGGUUACCACCCUACUCUGAGAGGUGUGCCUUGCUAUCAAUGACGUCUUUGAGCCAAAGAAGAACUUUUCUACAGCGCACCUUCGUUUACGAUAUCUUGACAAAUGCCGUUGACUGCCCGCAAUUGCUUCAGAGAUUGAACAUAUACGUUCCAGCACGCCGACUGCGUAAUCAAACUAUGUUUUGGCUGCCAAGAAGCAGGACUGUCUUCGGAGAGAAUCACCCCCUCUUUCGAUGUUGUGAAGUUUUCAAUGCUGUUUCUCACUUGUUUGACUAUCAUGUUACAAAAUCUAAGUUUAAAUGUGCAAUCCGUGACGUCACCUAACAUAAUUGCUAUGUAAUUUAAUUAUAAGCUAAUCU